AGAGAGUCUGAUGAGCAGGGUUUGACAGUUGGCUCGUCUGGACUCUGCCGCCUGCGGACAACCGCUGUAUCGCAUGUCAGCGUUAUAACACUAACUGAGUAACUUUAGAUUAGCUUUCCCGACAAACUGACAAUAUUAGGAGUGAAAGACGAACUGCUUUCUAGUCAAAACCAGUCCCAAUGGCCACUCUUCAGCAACUGAUGUCUGGAUUUUCUCUGGACCUGGGACCAUUGAAAGAACCUAUUGGAUUUAUUCGGGUCUUAGAGUGGGUCUUCACCAUCUUUGCCUUUGCCACCACAGGAGGUUAUUCUGGAUCAACCCACUUCAAAGUGAAAUGUUCCGGGCAGCAACAGGAGGUCACCCCCGUGUUUGGCUACCCGUUCAGGUUGGCGGCGAAACCAUAUCAGGUUCCCACAUGUAACGGCACUCUGAGCAACACCACCUACCUGCAGGGUGACUUCUCUUCCUCGGCUGAGUUCUUUGUCUGCGUUGGUGUGUUUGGGUUCCUUUAUUGCACUGCCACACUGAUCCUCUACCUGGGCUACCAGAGCAUCUACCGCCAAAGCACCCGAGGCCCCGUCAUAGACCUGUUGGUGACUGCUGCUUUUGCCUUCCUGUGGCUUGUGUCCUCCUCAGCCUGGGGCAAAGGCCUAACUGAUGUCAAAUGGGCUACGAACCCCAACCAUCUCGUAGAGCCAUGCAAAGACAUCUGUGAAGCAGGAGAAUUUCCAUCCAUGGGUCGCCUGAACGCCUCUGUGAUUUUUGGCUUUUUGAAUCUGAUCCUGUGGGCUGGUAACUGCUGGUUCAUAUACAAGGAGACACCUUUCCACAAGGAUCCGAACCCCCCAGCCACCAUGGAGGAAGGAGCAGCCCCUGUGCCUUAACCACAUCACUGAGGGUCCUUUAACAAAGCCAUUUUCCAACAGACCUUUUGUUAUGCCCCACAAUGAUCAGAAAUGGAAAACAAAAGGAAGCCAAAUGUCAUAAAGCCACUUUUAGCUCCCAGCAUUGGACUUAAGUUUAAAAUAGUCCCUAAUUUUUCUGAAUUUAUCCUAAAAUAUUUCUCCAAUUCUUCUUCUUAAAACAAGAUGCAAAUAAAAGCUAGAUGCCUUGACGCUACAUGAGCAGCACUACGUUUAACAGCCUGGUUUAAACAGGAAACACUAUAUAUGUGGACCUGCAGGGUGAGCUCUUUAUCCUCCCUUCAAACUGUCGGUGUAAAAUUGUAAAGCUAUGGUCGGAGCAGACGUGUAGGGAGGGGAGGAAGAGUUCAUUAGAGCCCUGCGUCUCCUCCGAUGAUGAUGAUUGAAACAUGCACAAGUCACUAUCUUAAGGUCUCAAACACUAAAAGGUUGUAAUCUGCUGAAACGCAUUUAUUGAUUUAACACACUUUGAUUUUGUUUAUUGACACUACAAUCUUCUGCACUUCGCUUUUCAACCUGGAAAGCGUGAGCGUCAUUUCCAGGUUGGGACAGCAUUUAAAUAGUUUUCAGUCUGCAGUCAGGCAGACUCUGCAGGUUUAAGCCAGGAUCCGGUGUCCUCGACCUCGGCAUGUUUAGUUCCUCUCUGUUCGCUUUCAUUCAGACUGCUCGCUAACACUAAGACCACUCCAUGUUUGAACCAUCUUUUGAAAAAUGGGACGUUAUUUAUACGCAUUUCAUUUGUAUUUUUAUCUACUUUAAUUGGUCUGUUGCAUAUUUGAAGCACAUUGUUGGUUUCCAGUUUUUCAGUGUAAAAGUUCCAGUGUGCAGCUUCUCUUCAUUUAGUUUUUGUUCUGUUUUUAUGCAAACUAAAUUAGUUAGCUGAGCUAUGGUAAGUGAUUUCACACAUUAAAACAUGUUUUCCAACUCCUGCAUUUGUACUGUACAUGUAUGUUUGCACCAUUACAUCCAACGUUGUCAGGUUUUGUUUUGUUUUGUUUUUUUAAAUAUAUAUAUAUAUCUUAGUUUUCUGAGUCUCUGUCAACUUCCUGUCAGCGUAUUGACUGUUAGUGUUGCACUAAGAUGAAUGUCAUUGUGUGAAGUAACUCAGAAAAUAAUACCGUGUUGGGCCAUUUUCAAUGCUGGGAAUUAUCGAGGGGCUGUUUAAGUAAAGAAAUAUAUAAUUUUGAAGACACCCAGGAUUAAUUUUUAAUGAUAAAUCUUAGUUUAUUUAGAGCACUGUGAUGAGUGGAUUGUUCACGUAAUGGAUUGACAAUGAACUGUAUGUAUUUUAUGCCUUGUCUGUGCAAAAGAAAAAAAAUUAAUCUGAAUUGAUGCAUGAAAACCUGAGAGCUGCACAA